AUGGUUGAAGCUGUUGCAAGGAAACUACCGCCCAGCCAUGGAUCACUGAUGGCGCGAAGUGGCCGACUCAUCUGGGUAAAAUCAGUGCUUCACGCAGUGCCCAUCUACGCCAUGAUGGCAGACAAUCUACCGCCUUGGGCGCGUAAGGAGAUCGAUGCAAUUUGCCGCAAAUUCUUUUGGGCAGGGCGAGACACAUCGGUCCAUGGAAAAUGCAUGGUCGCCUGGGAGGCUGUGUGUAAACCAACAAAGCUAGGCAAUCUAGGGGUAACAGAUCUCAAGCUGGCUAGCUUCGCCUUACAAUCAAGAUGGCUAUGGCUACAGAAGACGGAUCAAGAUCGAGCAUGGAGCCAACUACCGAUCAAAGUUGACCCACAAGUGCACACAUUCUUCAAAGCCUCCACGAUCACGAUGGUCGGCAAUGAAAGACGUGCCCUCUUCUAG